GGUCCUCCAGGUCCACCAGGUCUCCAGGGUCCUGUUGGUGCCCCUGGUAUAGCUGGAGGUGAUGGGGAGCCAGGCCCGAGAGGUCAGCAAGGGAUGUUUGGGCAAAAAGGUGAUGAAGGUCCUCGAGGCUUCCCCGGCCCUCCAGGUCCUAUUGGCUUACAGGGUCUGCCUGGCCCACCAGGCGAAAAGGGUGAAAACGGUGAUGUGGGCCCAAUGGGUCCACCUGGCCCUCCAGGUCCAAGAGGUCCCCAAGGUCCUAAUGGAGCUGAUGGUCCUCAAGGCCCACCAGGCUCCAUCGGCUCUGUUGGAGGUGUUGGGGAAAAGGGUGAACCUGGAGAAGCUGGUAACCCUGGACCACCUGGAGAAUCUGGCACAUCUGGUCCAAAAGGUGAGAGAGGAGAAAAAGGUGAGGCUGGUCCACCUGGAGCAGCUGGACCACCAGGUGCUAAAGGACCUCCAGGUGAUGAUGGGCCUAAGGGUAAUCCCGGUCCGGUUGGGUUUCCUGGAGAUCCUGGUCCCCCUGGAGAACCUGGUCCUGCUGGUCAAGAUGGUGUUGGUGGAGAGAAGGGUGAAGACGGUGAUCCGGGUCAACCUGGUCCACCAGGUCCUUCAGGUGAAGCUGGCCCACCUGGUCCACCAGGAAAAAGAGGACCUCCUGGAGCAACUGGUGCUGAAGGCAGACAAGGUGAAAAAGGUGCAAAGGGGGAACCUGGUGCAGAAGGGGCUCCUGGAAAAACAGGUCCAGUUGGGCCACAGGGACCUGCAGGAAAGCCUGGCCCUGAAGGUCUCCGUGCCCUGUGGUAAGGAAACAGAGGAGAACAAGGUCUACCUGGAGCACCAGGUCAGGAUGGCCCUCCUGGGCCUCUGGGUCCACCUGGCUUGCCUGGCCUGAAAGGAGAUCCGGGUUCCAAAGGAGAGAAGGGACAUCCUGGUUUGAUUGGCCUGAUUGGGCCUCCAGGGGAGCAGGGUGAGAAGGGUGACAGGGGUCUUCCUGGCCCACAAGGAUCUCCUGGAGCCAAGGGCGAUGCAGGAAUUUCUGGUCCUGCUGGUCCACUCGGACCCCCUGGUCCUCCUGGCUUACCUGGUCCCCAGGGUCCAAAAGGUUCCAAAGGAUCCAGCGGUCCUGCUGGUCAAAAGGGUGACAGUGGGUUACCUGGUCCACCUGGUCCUCCAGGUCCUCCGGGUGAGGUCAUCCAGCCGCUGCCGAUCCAGUCGCCCAAAAAGACAAGAAGAUCUCCGGAUUACAUGUUAUCUGACGCCGGUGAUAGCAUUCUGGAUUAUUCCGAUGGCAUGGAAGAGAUCUUUGGUUCAUUGAAUUCACUGAAGCAAGACAUCGAGCACAUGAAGUUUCCCAUGGGCACUCAGAAUAACCCAGCCCGAACUUGCAAAGACUUGCAGCUCUGCCACCCUGACUUCCCAGACGGGGAAUAUUGGAUUGAUCCUAACCAAGGCUGCUCUGGAGACUCCUUCAGGGUAUACUGCAAUUUCACAGCAGGUGGGGAAACGUGCAUCUACCCAGAUAAGAAAUCAGAAGGAGUUAGAAUCUCCUCGUGGCCAAAGGAGAAUCCAGGAUCUUGGUUUAGUGAAUUUAAGCGAGGCAAACUUCUUUCCUAUUUGGAUGUCGAAGGCAAUUCCAUUAAUAUGGUCCAAAUGACAUUCCUUAAACUACUGAGUGCCUCUGCCAGACAGAAUUUCACUUACAACUGUCACCAGUCUGUAGCCUGGCACGAUGCGUCAUCCGACAGCUAUGACAAAGCGCUGAGGUUCUUAGGAUCAAAUGAUGAAGAAAUGUCUUAUGACAACAAUCCUUACAUCAAAGCUCUCCACGACGGUUGUGCAUCGAGGAAGGGCUACGCAAAGACGGUGAUCGAAAUCAACACACCCAAAAUAGAACAGGUGCCUGUAGUUGAUGUGAUGAUCAAUGACUUUGGCGAUCAGAACCAGAAGUUUGGAUUUGAGGUCGGUCCUGUCUGCUUCCUUGGUUAAGCUUAAGACAAAAAUCAGACCAAUAAAAAAAAAGAAAUGUUGCACUUUGGUGCUACCAACCCACUUCAUGCCACAUGCAAGUUUUGAAUAAGGAUGGCAUAGAAAAGAUGUCUUGCUGUGUACGUAUGUCUUAUGUCGAAAGUAGUUGUUGCCCUUGUAGGGCCAGAAUCACAUGACUUAAACUUACUUUGCAAUGAUGCGGUGGCACAGACAGACAAUACAGAGCUCGCUUUAGGAACGCCCCCUUUGGAUUCCUUUGGUGCUGUAACAAAACGAACGACAUGGUGCUCCCUCCCUUACCACAAAGAGAUGUUAAGAAAGUGGUUAAUAAACUGUAAUUAUUCCAUGUACAGUGCUGUGCUGUUAUUUCUCUGUCCACUUCCAAAACUUGCAUGUGUCUCCGAAUUGCAUCUGGCUCUUAUUUCGUAAUUACAAGACUACCUUGUCAAAACUGUGUAUGUAUUCU